GUAUGUACCAGCACCGCCGCCCAGUCGAGUUGCCCGGCUCUCAGCCGGAGCAUCCCGGGGAAAUGCUGCAGGCGAGGCGGGCAGCGGCGGCGGGCGCUCGGCGUACGCUCCGCCGGUGAAACCCGGGGUGGGGGCACGGUGCAGCCGGGUUCCCCUUAAACCUCCCCCCCGGGGGUUGCGGGCUGGAAAGCAGAGGGAGGAGAAAGUAAAAGAGAGCAUUGAGAAAGCAUGGCUGAGCUCGGAACAGCUACCAUCACCACCAGGAUUAAAAAGCUGCUGCGCUCACCUUCCCUCAAACUGCGAAGGAGCAAACACCAGGCUGCGGGCAGGAAUAUCACUGACAAGGUGACUCUGGAGAAGGUGCUGGGCAUCACGGUCUCUGGAAGCAGUGGUCUUGCAUGUGACUCAAAGACUGGACUUGUAGCCUACCCGUCUGGGUGUGUGGUUGUACUCUUUAAUCCCAAGAAGAACAAGCAGCACCAUAUACUAAAUGGAUCAAGGAAAACCAUCACAGCAGUGGCCUUUUCUCCAGAUGGCAAAUACCUGGUCACGGGUGAGAGUGGGCACAUGCCUGCAGUUCGAAUCUGGGAUGCCAAUGAAAGAACGCAGGUCGCAGAGCUCCAAGAACACAAGUACGGGGUGGCAUGCGUGGCAUUCUCGCCCAACGCCAAGUACAUCGUCUCCGUCGGAUACCAGCACGAUAUGAUCGUCAAUGUUUGGGCUUGGAAGAAAAAUGUUGUAGUGGCAGCCAAUAAGGUCUCGAGCAAGGUGACAGCUGUGUCAUUCUCUGAGGAUAGCAGCUAUUUUGUCACUGCUGGUAACAGACAUGUCAAGUUCUGGUACCUGGAUGCAUCUAAAGCUUCUAAGGUCAACGCCACGGUGCCUCUCCUGGGCCGCUCAGGCCUGUUGGGCGAGCUGCGCAACAACUUCUUCAGCGAUGUGGCAUGUGGGCGCAGCAGGAAGGCCGACAGUACGUUCUGCAUCACCACCUCGGGCCUCCUCUGUGAGUUCAGCGACAAGAGGCUCCUGGACAAGUGGGUGGAGCUGCGGACUACAAUGGCCAACUGCUUGUCGGUCAGUGAGGACUUUAUCUUCUGCGGCUGUGCUGAUGGGACAGUACGACUUUUUAACCCUGCAAACCUUCACUUCAUCGCCACAAUGCCCAAACCACAUCACCUGGGUAUGGACAUCGCAGCUGCCACAGAGCCCAGCCACCUGUUCUCAACCAGAGCAGAUGCCAAGUACCCAGACACCAUUGCACUGACCUACGACCCCACGAACCGCUGGCUUUCAUGUGUGUACAAUGACCAUAGCCUGUACGUGUGGGAUGUCAAGGACUUUAAGAAGGUCGGGAAGGUAUACUCCGCGCUCUACCAUGCAUCCUGUGUUUGGAGUGUGGAGGUCUACCCGGAAGUGGAGGACAGUAAUCGCGCGUGCCUCCCCCCAGGCUCCUUCAUUACCUGCUCAUCCGACAAUACCCUCCGACUCUGGAACACCGAGGGCUCCAGCACCCAUGGGAGCUCACUGCAUCGUAACAUGAUCAGCAGCGAUUUGCUGAAGGUUCUCUACAUGGACUCCAACAUGUCGACACUGCUGGAUGUGGAGAACAAUUCGGCGGGAGGCUCCGACAAACCGGAUGGCCAGGCUGCCGAGAUGAAGACCGGAAUUCGAACACUAUGUGUGAGCCCCGAUGGACAGCACAUGGCAUCUGGAGACCGGGCUGGAACCCUGAGGGUCCAUGAUCUCCAGCUACUGAAAGAACUCCUUCAAGUGGAGGCCCAUGAUUCGGAGAUCCUGUGUCUCGAAUACUCUAAACCAGAGACUGGUAUGAAGUUGCUGGCAUCUGCCAGCCGAGACCGUCUGAUCCACGUGUUAGAUGCAGAGAAUGAUUACAGUCUGCUCCAAACCCUGGAUGAACAUUCCUCCUCCAUCACUGCUGUCAAGUUUACAGCAAACAGUGGCAGUGUCAGGAUGAUCACCUGUGGAGCAGACAAGAGCAUUUACUUCCGGACAGCUCAGAAGACCGCUGAAGGCACACAGUUCACCCGAACCCACCACGUGGUUCGAAAGACGACGCUGUAUGACAUGGAUGUGGACUCCACCCACAAGUAUGCUGCCAUUGGAUGCCAGGACAGAAGCAUUCGGAUAUUUAACAUCAGCAAUGGGAAACAGAAGAAGCUGUAUAAAGGAUCUCAGGGAGAAGAUGGGACUCUUAUCAAGGUGCAAAUCGAUCCCUCCGGCCUCUUCAUUGCAACCAGCUGCUCUGAUAAGAACCUCUCCAUCUUUGACUUCUACACGGGCGAGUGUGUUGCCACGAUGUUUGGCCAUUCUGAGGUGGUGACAGGAAUGAAAUUCACCAAUGACUGUAAACAUCUCAUCUCUGUGUCAGGAGACAGCUGUAUAUUCAUCUGGAGGCUGAGCUCGGAGCUGACAAUUAACAUGCGGCAGAGGCUGGCAGAGAUCAAGCAGAAGGAGAAGAAGCAAAUGAAGACACCCCCGCAAAAGCAUUCCAGCCCGAACAGGCGGCAAACAUUCGAUGUGGCUGCACAGACAGCUAUGUCCUCUGACAGUGAGAAGGAAGCGGAGGACGAUGGAAAUGAGGAGGACGAAGGACACUGUGAGGGCUCAGCACGCAUCACACCAAAGCGAGGCAUGACCGCGAAUGUGGCGAAUGAUAUCCCCACAAGGAUACAGUAUACCGGGAGCAUGAAGAGUCUGUACCAUUGGGAGAAUAGUAAGGCAGAGGAUGUGGCGAUCAGGUUGGACUCGAUGCACAAUCAUGUCCCUCGUCCCAGGGGCCGCUGGUCCCGUCACGCCAACAACCUGGAGCUGAGUGUGAAGUCGAUGCUGGACCUCCGGAACCUGGACUCCUUCUCCUUCUCCCCGCUGACGGAGUCCGCCCCCAGGGCUGGAACGGCGCUGUCCAGGAGCAGGGUUUCCCAGGAAGCUAGUGACCACGAGCGCCGUGUCCGGAUCAGCAUCGAGACUCUCCUGAGCGACAUAGAGGAGCAAGAGUCGACGGAUGCGCACAAUUUCGUCAGGCCCUGCAGCAUCGCAAUCCCCACGUGUGAGGAGGGCAUAUUCAGUCAGGAGCUGGAGACGCCAGAGGUUGAAGAGCGUACCAUCUACCCAGUGCACACGGGGAGCACUGGUGAGACGGAGGGUGAGUACCAGGUGAAGGAGCUGCAGCAUGGCACCCAGGAAAAGCCUUACCGCAGCCACGGCGUCCCGGAGAAGCACAGUCCCGACAGCGCCUGCUCCGUGGAUUAUUCCAGCAGCCACUUCUCCAGCCCCGAACAUCCACACGAAGACUCGGAGUGUACAGAGCCGCUGAGUGUGGAUGGAAUCUUCUCGGACAUGGAGGAAGAAGAGGAGGAGCUGAGCAGGAGCUUCCCACGUGACACCGCGGUGCCGAGGACACCAGACCAGGAGCAAUUCCUGAAGCAACAUUUCGGGACCCUGGCCGAUGAGAGUAUUGGAGUGAAAUCCGACCACCGACUGGACCACCCGAAGCCUUUGUUUGCAAAAGAGACUGAAGAGCUGCUGAACCCUCGGCUCAGUAUUUCAGCGAGAUUCCUGUCUCAGUCGCUGGCAUCCAGCUUCAGGAACUCUCCAGAUAUUAGUUCCAAGGCCAUCCAGCAGAGUGAGCUCAGAUCCAACCAAGUUACAUUCCCAGGCUCAAACUUAGGACAACAAGGAGGAGAGGUCUUCAAAGUGAAGACUGAAGACAAGAGAGAACUUCAGAAGCAAGAAGAUUUGAAAAUUGACAGGAAUGAUGAUCAGAAACCAGCAGACGAUCUCGCACCAAACUUCGGUUCAGCGUUGAAUUCCGUCCCCGGAAGAACUCCGGUGAAAGCCCCAUUCCGAACAGAUUCCGGAGCUGUUCCUGACAAGUCGGUAUCUGUCCGAGCGAUGUACAGCCAGAGGAAGCGGAACCUGGCUCUGGAAACCCGGAAGGUGUUCACUGGGGGAUCAGUGAAGGUGCAGUCGGUGUCUGCACACCCAAGUCCAGCUGUGUCACCGAAUGCGACCAUGAGAAAAUCCCAGUCUGUCCACGACCUCAUUCAUGAAGUUUACCCAAUGGAUACGGCGUCUAAUGUAACCUCAUCCGAGAAGCUGCACUCUCACUCAUUGACUGGAACUGAGAAAGAUUCCAGGGUCAACCAACGGCGAACUUUGCCCUUAGUCCCCAGUAAAGCGGAUGGCCCAGCAUUGUCGCUGGCGAAGGAUAGCCCUCAGGGAAAGUGCACCAAACAAAAAUCCUACAUGAACCCAACCACCAGUUCAAUGGCCAAAAUGUCACGCAGCGUUUCAAUGGGGGACAGCCUGAACUUCACUGAGAGUGGCGAGGAUCAGUCAAUCACUGAAAAGUAUGUGAGUGGGCAGUGUUUGGAAAUGUCGCCCAGGACUUCACCCCUGGUGACUGUGGAUGUCGUGAACGAAAUCUCUCACAAACAGGAGAUGACCAAACAGAACUGGAAGGAGACUGCCAGCUCCAAGCCAGUCUUGCAGCCAUCAGCAGGUUUGACAGUUUCUUCUGCCAAUGGCUCUCAGGCUAAACUGAGCCUUGGCACUCGGGCGAACCUGUUCCUCGAUCUUCCCAAGCCACUGCCGGACAGACCCUCUUUGACUUCCUUCUCGCCUUCGGUCAAGGUGAAGUCUUGCUGUGAGACUGAACCCUCCAAGUCGCCUGUUUCAGCCAAUGGAGGAACAAAAUGGAGGCAUUCCUGUGGCGAUGGCCAUAGGGACAGCCAAGAGAAAAAGGGCGAUACUGUUUCCAUGCCCAGACAGGAGACCCCUGCUCUACCAGAACACCAGACACAAGGACAGUGCCACCAGGAGUCACAGAUAGGGACAGCUGUUCUAUCUCCCUGUCAGCAAGUGUCUUCUGCCUGGCCUCAUGCUAACUCUGAGUUCAGAGGUACCAGACUUGUUACCGAAGCCUUGGACUAUUUACCCAACAUUCCAAUAUCAAAUGGCCAAACGGUAACUGUUUCUACACCAGCAACACUUCCUUCCGUCUUUCCCAAGACUACAGCAAAGGGACCAGGUCCUUCUGUCAGUGUUCAGAGCUGUAAACUCCUGGCAAAGGAGCUGCAGAGCUGCUUCGAGAGAGCCCUGACUCUUUACCGGACAGUCGCUGAUAACAAAGUCUCGUCAGACGAGAACGACCAAAUGACUGCCAUUCUCUCAGAGGCAUUUUCUUUUGUAAGGAAAGAAUUGGACUGUCUCCAACAGCCAGGACGACAGCCUGGCUCACCUCCCCAGGGGCCAGGCCAGGCGGCCUGUGCCGCUUGCCCGGUGGGUAGCCCCCCGGCGAAGGGCGACUCCUUAGAGGAUGAAAAGACCCUGGCCUUACUUGAGCAGUAUUCCGAACGUUUACUCCAGGCUGUGGAGCGAAGGAUGGAUCAUAAGCAGCCUGGAGGAAAGGGCAGUGCGGGACUGUGAAUAUUACAGCGGCCAAUGUAUUUGUGGGGCUUGCUGUCCCCCUGCACUGAGAACCAUUUUUAAAAAAGACCCACUGGGCCGGGAGAAAUGAAAAUCGUACAACACUACCGAGUUGACCUCAACUCACCUCAUAUUUAACCUGGGAUGGGUUAAGUUUGAUUGGGUCAUUGACUGUGGGAUACCUUUGUUAACCCCGAAUUUUCCUCCGCCUGUAAUACAAGGCUGUCAGGUCGAGUCAGUGGGGAUCUUGCCAUUUUACUGCAGUGCCUGUUCAGGGUGGCCACCUCCGCUUCUGAAGUGGUCAGUGGAAGCCUCGUCUGUUGAACCUGGCGAGCGACAGGCUGGGGUAUUGGCUGGGCAGCGUGGGAGUGCUGGUGGACCACGGGACGGGGAACGUGGAGCGGAGCGGUGGGGUGCACAAGCUCCUCAGGACGACAGACAUGCGGGGGAAACAAACGUGUCAUUUCUUUGGCCCGAUAGAUUGUACUGCAGGAAGGUAGAAGCCAUGUCUCCCCUGUUCAGGGUUCGCCUCCCAAACCCUGUUGCCGGGUCCUCUCACUCAGUACCUUGCGUUCUCUAUAUUUCCUCUUAUUCUUUGACUCCCUGUCACUUCCCUUCUCCAACCGGAUGUGACGCAGGCUCCACCCAGUUAGGGUCUGAAUCUGUCCGGUACAGUGACCAUGAGCAGAUCAUCCUGUUUGUGAAACUAAACCCCUGCAAUGGAGCAACACAGAUACUGACAUUUUUUGGAACUGAGCCUUAGGGACGAAGGUCGGUCCCUUUAAGGGACGAAGGUGGUGUCACAGCCCACUUUGCACUAUGCGUACCCAUCACAAUGUGCAAUACUGUGUGCUUUCCCUAUUGAUUGGACCACAAAUUCCUCCAUUUUCCUCUGUUUGGGAAACUGGAGAGAUAUAACAUUUAGGAAUAUUGUCUUACAAAACAAAAUGUGUUUAUUUUAGAUUACUUACAGUGUGGAAACAGGCCCUUCGGCCCAACAAGUCCACACCGACCCGCCAAAGCGCAACCCACCCAUACCCCUACAUUUACUCCUUACCUAACACUAUGGGCAAUUUAGCAUGGCCAAUUCACCUGACCCGCACAUCUUUGGACUGUGGGAGGAAACCGGAGCACCCAGAGGAAACCCACGCAGACACGAGGAGAACGUGCAAACUCCACACAGUCAGUCGCCUGUGGCGGGAAUUGAACCCAGGUCUCUGGCGCUGUGAGGCAGCAGUGCUAACCACUGUGCCACCGUGCCGCCCACUUUGAGGAGAGUGUGGGGAGGGGGGGGAGAUACAGCUGUGACAAAUGGGAAACGAUGUCCUCCCGCUGAAUAAGUGGCUGCGGAGCCCCUUUUUGCUGUUUGUCCUGUAUGAGCGAAUAGUCGUCUCCCCCUCGAUGGAUCCCCACCGCCCGCCCCCAACUCGCUCCACCUCAGUCAGAACGCCCUCCUCAGAAAUGCUCAACCUUUCCCCCAGACCCUCCCUCAGCCAUUCCCCCACCCCACCCUCAUUCUGAUUCACCUUUCUUCUUUAUUCCCUUAUCAGUGCUGGCCAUCCCUAAUUGCCCAGGGGGCAGUUAAGAGUCAACCACAUUGCUGUGGGUCUGGAGUCACAAUAGGCCAGACUAGGGAAGGAUGACAGAUUUCCUUCCCUGAAGGGCAUUAGUGAACCAGAUGGGGUUUAAUUCCCUCCUGACAAUCAGAAGUGGUUUUGUGGUCUUCAUUAGACUCUUAUUCCCAGACUCCUAUUAAAUUCACAUUCCACCAUCUGCCAUGGCAGGAAUCAGAUCCAGGUCCCCAGACAUCACCCAAGUCUCUGGAUUGAUAGUCUAAUGAUGAUAGGCCUUUACCUACCUUCACAAAUAUACGUUUCUGUACAGGACAAGAAAGUUGAGCAGUGUGAACACAAUGCGAGGCAGAAGGGAGGUUUAAUGCCUCAUUGGAUAAAGCAGCAGAAUGGAAACCCAUUGGUGUUGUGUCGUGGUGGACGUGUGUUGGCUUGCUGCAAUAAGGUCACUGCAAACCCUGUAACACUGUUUGAAUCAGUUCUUUCAGGUUGGAUGUAAUUGUUAAGCCAGUGCUGACAGCCAAACGCAGAAUUCAUUCAGCUGGUUCCAUAUGUCAAUGAAACCACACCCAAGGAAAGUCAGAAUCCCCCCACAUGUUGUGAGAAUUCUCCAGUGUCUGAGUUGACAUUCCAAACUUUGUACAAUAACAUUGGACGGGAAUUUACACACACACUCGCACACACACACUGGACAGGAACUCUAUCUCUCACACACACACACUGGACAGGAACACACACACACUCACGCACGCACAUACUGGACAGGAACACACACACACACACUGGACAGGAACUCUAUCUCUCACACACACACUGGACAGGAACACACACGCACACACAUACUGGACAGGAACACAUACACACACACUCACUGGACAGAAUCACACACUGGACAGGAACAAACACACACACACUCACUGGACAGAAUCACACACUGGACAGGAACAAACACACACACACUCACUGGACAGAAUCACACACUAGACAGGAACUCUGUUUCUCACACACACACAGGACAGAAACUCUGCCUCUCUCUCACACUUACACACACACACAGGACAGAACAGAAAGUCACACUGGACAGGAACUCUGUCUCACACACACACACACAUACAGACAGAGGACGGGAAUUCUCUCACACACUGGACAGGAACUCCCACGCAAUGAACAGGGUUUCUUACACUCACUGGAUGGAACUCACAAACAAUGGGCACAAAUUCAAAUACCAGACAUGAACUCAUAAACACCGGGCUGGAACUGGAAUUCAAGAUAAGAAUUCACAAAUUCAGGCCAUAGCCUCCCCUGAACUCCUUGAAAACUUUUACCAAACAUUGACAAUUAUCCAAAACUUGGGUAGGAAUCCUGUAACUGAAAUAUUCUGAGGGUCUCCCACUAUCUCCCAUGUCCAAGUGCCCUUUAUUGUAUCCCCAUUGCCGUUCAUCACCGUGGAUAUUGGGGAUAGUGAAACCCUAUUUGUGAGACCUAUCCUGAUGCUUAGCUGAGUAUUCCAUAUGACACAAGAAGCAGCCAUGCUUCAUACCAAUACAUCACACCAAUGAAGUGGAGAGCGUUAGAAAGUUUAGUGCUGUUUGGGAAAGCGUUUCCUCCAACCACUGUCUGUUCUGCUCAGACACUAGGUUUAGGUCUGGACGGUGGGGAUUUUUCAUUCAGUGAGUGAGUAGAACUGUCUGCCAAGGGUGUUAGACUAUCGUCAUUUCUCACUUGUGCAUCAUUGACUGGAGUUUGAAAAGGGAAAUGAGACAGCCGUUCUCUUUUUUUUGGUAGGAGAGAAACCUUUUUUUAAAACGACUUUUUCAAAUUUUUUGCAGAAUAUGGAGACUUUGUACAGAAGGCCACGAUUAGCAAUUGCAUGCUCUCGCACCUGUGACAAAUAGAAUUACUCUACUUCUGUUCACUGGAUGGGUCCCAUAGCGUGGUGAUGCGCCAGAGAUUUCGGGAAGUGGGCAGGUUUGAGUCCUGAUCUCAGAGUGCAGUCAGGCAAGGGUGAACUAGGCUGAGAACAUGCGAUUGGCCUUGGGUUUCCCUGAGCAGGGUGGGGGGGGGGGGGGGGGGUGGAGGACAGACUUCUGCCCGCCGAAGAGUGGUGUUGCACGCUGACCAUUUAGGCAGGGCCAUGUUCAGCUGUGUGGAAAUUGUCUCCACUCCUCUCCCCCUCAUCUCCUUCCCCGUCCAGCGCCACUAUCCAGUGCCACGAAACACGAGGACACAACAGAAGGUAGGCGUGGGGUCAGCUUACUGUGGGAGGCUUGUGAAAUGCAAGUCUGAGCUGACCUCCAAGAGGAGUGAGGGUGGCUAGUUUACUCCCCGAGUUGCUGGCAACGUGGGCACACUCUGCCAGUAGGAGUUGGCGUAUCCCUUCCUCUGGUGUAGGGAGUAAGGCCAACCUCUCUCUCAGAGCAAGCUUCCAGCCUUCAGGACCCGCUGCCUUCAUGGGGGCUUUAUUUGUACAUUUUUCUAACAACGCGCCCCCCCACCCCCCCCGUUCAAAGACGUGACUUUGGUUUGCUAGGGACCAUCCAAAUUUUUAUGAGUAUUUUAAAUGUGAAGAACGAAAAAGAUUUCUACCUGCAAACGCGGCAAGAAUAUUGGGACAUUGGGGUCUAGUAUGUGCAUGAAGGUACUUUGCAUGGUACAUUGCGAUGAUGCAGAUCAGUGGUGCAUGCUGAAGGUCAUUUUGGAGACUUUUUAAACUCUCUUCAAACCAUUGUCAGUGAAGAUUAAUUCCAGUGUAUUUUAUAAUGGAAGUACAGUCUUUAUCCCUCUAAUGGGCUAUGGAACUAAUUUUUAAGCUGGUCGCUGUGAACAUUUCUUUUCUCCCUGUGUGAUGUAAGUGACUGUUUUUAUCUGUUUUUUGCCAUAGUGUUUGUACAAUAUGUUGGUCACAUCUUAAAUAUUUGCAAUAAAAGCCCCAAUGUUUGGGAGAGAA